CCCGUUGUCUGCUAGUGGAUGCAUCGGAAUGGAGAGGAGCAGAGAGCUUGUGGCCAUCCCACCUCAUCUUCAUCACAAAUAUGCGCUUCUUUGUAUGGUAUUUUCUCAUCUGCACCUGAUGCACAACAAAUUGAUUAGAGAAAUACUCAGGAAUGUCAUUUGAAUCUUAAUUUUCUUCAUAUAUAUCAGAAAUUCCAUAAGAACACGUUAAAACCAUUAUUUUCAUCGGAGUGGCUCUGUAGACCAGUGUGCUUAUAGAAAAGAUUUGACAAUGAACUUGCAAAUGUACUAUUUUUCUACAAACUGCAUCCCCUCUUGCUUGCUUAGUGGAGUUUCUGAUUGGUUACCAGGGAAAACGGCGUUUCUAUGCUACCGCAGAGCACGCAGCCGCAGCUGCAGCCGCAGCCGCUCUGAUGAUGUCAAGUCUUUGUUGCUUUUGUUCUCUGGUUCUUAUCACCAGACGUGAGACACCAGAAGCCUUUUAGACUUGUUAAAUCGACAUGAGCUUCUUCAAACUCAAAGGACGGCUCACACAAAAGAAAAUAGUUCUAUAUUUACAGGGUUUUUUUUAGGCUCUUGAAAGAUGAACUCAUUUAAUCGACCACAUUAACAACCUUACUUUCUAAUGAGCUUAAAUGAGCUGUUGAUUUAUUUAUUUCUUUGUUUUUUUGUCCAAUAUUGUAGUCACUUUUACUUCAGCUGUUCCAGCUUCCAUCAGGGUCACCAAGAAUUCAUUGCGAAGGAACGUCGCCACAGUGAAGAAUCGGACGAGUCCACAGAAGCAAACCAGAGGAAAAAGAGGAGGCGAAAAAGGAAGCGGCAUGCAGCAAACCCUCCCGGUUCUGGGAAAGAAGGCGCCGUUCCAUGCGGCGAAUCCAGCGCGGGUCAGGUGCCUGCGCAAAGAGGCGAAUGCACGAGCAAGAACAGGAAGAGAAAGCUGAAGAAGAAACGGCACAAGGAGAAGCUGAAGUCCACGGGUCAGAUGCCGCGGGCCGCUGCUCUGGAGUUCACCUUCCAACAAGUUGAGGAGGAGGAGGAGGAGGAGGAGGACAAAAGAAGAACUGUGGAUCUGUUAGAGUUUUUAAGGAAAACAGCAGAAAUCUAUCUGUCUGAUCCUUCCCAGCAGAGAGAGCAGCUCCUUCAUCUGUCAGCGUCUGUAGAUGAGCUGGUUGACAGUAUAGCAUGUGGGUCGAAGGCCAGCUCUGCCGUGAAGCAGCUGUUCUGUCUGAAAACCUUUGCUGAGCAGAAUAAGACCCAAAAUCUCCAGAACGCUCUGAAGGAACUCAGCAACGACUCCAUCCUGACCGCAGAGGAAACGGCAGCAGUCACAUCCCUGUUCCAGUACUGGCUGACAGACAUUCUGCCCAUGCGAGCAGAGAGGACGGGACCUGCAACAUGAUGCCAACGUUCACAGAAAAAAGACUUUUUUCCAACCCUUUCAGGGUUUUCCUUUUUCUUUUAACAAAUAAUAAAGACGAUAUUUUUAUUUUACUU